CUCGCUACAACAUUUCCUGAAAAUGAGCCCAAAUCAACUAUUCCAGGACACCAGGCUGAUCAGGUUGCAAUAAGUGAUGCCCUCGCUACAUCAUUUCCCGAAAAUGAACCCAAAUCAAGUAUUCCAGGAGAUCGAGCUGAUCAGGUUGAAACAAAUGUUCCUGUCAAUGCGAUUGGACAAGAUAUUCUAGUCUGUAAAACUGAAGAAAAUGUUCCAGUCAAUGACCUUGGACAAAAUAAGUCAGACAAUGUACAGCAACUUUCUUUCAGCAAUAUUGCAACCAAUAAGGUUGGAUUGAAUGAUCCACUUAUAGGGACUGAAUCAAAUACGUCAAUCAGUAAGCUUGACUCUGAAAUUCCAUUCAAAGACACUGAAUCAGAUAUGUCAUCCAACAAGCUUGUAUUGGAUACUCAAGUUAAAAAACUAGAGAAAAAUGAGCUAGCCAAAAAGGUAGAGUCGGAAAUUCCAAUUGAAGGCCUUAAGCCAAAUAUGCCAACCAAAGAUAUUGAAUUGGAUACUCCAGUUGAAGGGCUUGAGCCAAAUGUGCCUGCCAAAAAGCAAGUAGCCAUUGAAUACGAUACUCCAGUUGAAGGGCUUGAGCCAAAUGUGCCUGCCAAUAAGCAAGAAGCCAUUGAAUCCAAUACUCCAAUUGAAAGUCUUGAGCCAAAUGUGCCAGCAAAAAAGCAAGAAGCCAUUGAAUCCAAUACUCCAGUUGAAAGUCUUGAGCCAAAUGUGCCAGCAAAAAAAGCAAGAAGCCAUUGAAUUGGAUACUCAAGUCAACAUGCUUAAAUUAAAUAAGGCAACUGAUAUCCUUGAGCCAUGUCACCCACCAGUUAUAUGUGUAUCCAAUAUACCAGAAGAUAAAGAUGUAGCCGAAAUGACAGAUGGACUGAAUAUACCAGCUUAUGUGCUUCAUACGGAAGAGAGCAACGCACCAAAUGUUGAUAUUAUAGUGAAAUCCGAUACCACAAUUUCUACGAUUGUUGAAACAAAGAACAGUCAGAUGGAAUCUUUGGCACAUAACCCAAAAUAUAAAUCCUUUGAUUCGUAUGCUAGUGAGAAUCUUCCAACUGGGUUUAUUCUCGAGACGACCCCUGAGGAUAAACCCAUCGGACCAAUUACUGUGAAUCACCCGCUCAAUAAUUAUAAUAAUGAAAAUCUAAAGUCAGACAAUGCUCAGAAUGAUUCUAAGAAUAAAACUAGUGAUUCGCUAUCAAGUUCAGUUGAGAUAUCGCAUGUGUCCGGACUGGAACCCGAGCCACCAUCACCGCCUAUUCAACUUCCUGAUGAACAAAUGCAACAUAAAAAGAAUGCUUUUCCAAACAAAGCAGUGCUGCAAACCCACGACACAAACGACAAGUAUAUGACUGAACCAGUUUUCUCAACGUGUACAACUGCUCCACAAUCAGCAUUUCACAUUCUAACAAUGCCAGAACGUAAUUCAUGUGAUGUCAAUCUCCAAGGCCCGGAUUCACCAUUCCCUUCGUUAACAUUGGCUAAAAAAGUUGUACGGGAUGGGCUUGAUCCAGACGCUCAAUUGUCAGACACCACACAGGGAACUACAGGUCAUCUUAUUGAACUAUCCGAAAAUAGCAGUGAUGAAAGCGAACCAUUAGAAGAAUUGUCAGAUAGUGAUGAGGAAAUAACAGUUGAACUGCGUCCGUAUCAAGAGAAUCUUGCUGCACCUAGUCUUAAAAAAGAAAACACAAUCAUAUGCUGUCCAACUGGGAGUGGGAAAACACUAACUGCGGCAUACAUAUGUCACAGACUCCGCAAAGAAGCCAUGAAAAUAAAUAAUGGAGAAAAACAUUUCAAAACCGUGUUUAUUGUGUGUAUCAGGAAUUUGAAAGAACAACAAAUGAACAAUUUCAAGCUUUUGGAAUUCGACGAGGGGGUUUUAGCGACAAUAGAUGAAGAAUCAGAUGUGUUUGAGGUAAUCAGAUCACGCGAUGUCGUGUUUAUGACCGCGCAAGUGUUAGUGAAUACUUUAAAAAGUGGACGACUCAAGAUAACUGAUUUAGAUUUUAUCAUCAUAGAUGAGUGCCACCAUACGACGAAGGGCCAUCCCUACAAUGUCAUUAUGCAAGAGUUCUACUUGCAAGAGAAGGAACGUCAACCCAUCGAAGGAAGGGGUUCCCUCCCCCAAAUUUUAGGACUUACUGCUACUCUUGGAGUUGGCGAAAAUGAGAGACCAAUUGACCACUGCAUCAACAUGUGCGCCAAUUUAGAUUGCAAAUCCGUUACGCAUGUUAGAGAAAAGAAAUAUCUUGAUAAUUUGAAGAAGUAUAGACCACCACUUCAGACGGACAAAAUUGAAGCGGUUCCACCACGUAACUCAAAGGAUCCAUUCUUGAAAAUCGUUCAAGGUCUAAUGGAUAAGAUAUGUCAAAAAUAUAAAUUUUCGUGCAAUCACGAAGGAGGGUCAGAAGGAUAUGAGGGAUGGGCAAUUGGUCUUAAAAAAGGUGCAGAGACAGAGAAGAAUUGGGAACAUGCAUCUGCGGCGUCCUACUUAGUCAUGUACACAAGGGUGAUCCAGACAACCAUUCAACUUCGGAGAAUUGACGGUCUACGGGUCAUUGAUGACGAGGCGGACGAGUUGUGUCCACAUAGAAAAUCUCCAGAGGUAUGGGAUGACGAGUUAAGAGAGAGUCUAGAAGAACGGAGAGAAGAUCUCAAGGCGUUGUGUGAUGAGGAGUUCAUUGGUGCGAAUCCCAUGAUCCAAAAGUUGAGGGAGUUACUCGCAAAACUUAUGCGUGAUAAAAAAUCUAGAGGUCUGAUUCUUGCAAGGACAAAAUCGUAUACGAUUGCUUUGGUAGAUUUCAUCAGAUCUUUGAAGAUGCCGGAUGUUCACGUUGACAGAAUAGUUGGGAAGGCUAACGAGGACUCACAAACGGACAGGCGGCAGAUGAACAUAUUAGAUCAGUUUAGAGAUGGAAAGAUAAAUGUUCUUAUUGGAACUGAUGUUGUGCAAGAGGGACUUGAUAUUCCAAAGUGCAACUUUGUUAUCCGUUACAACUUUGUCUCAAACGAGAUAGGAUCUGUACAAGGAAAGGGACGAGCUAGGCAUGUUGACAGUCGAUGUUACCUUAUUGUUCCGAAAGGAUCAACCAAUGAGAAGCGUGAAAACGCAAAUUUAUUGAAGGUUGAACAGAUGGAGGCGGCAUUGAAGGAGUUGGACAACAAGGACCCUGGUGUACUGAGAAGAGAUAUAUUAAGGGCCCAGGACAAAAUGAUGGAAGUGUACAGGAAUAAGAAGCGAAGGAAUGAGGACCCAUUGUAUAACAUCGAUCCGCAUUCAAUUACGCUGUACCACAAAGGAUGCGACGAAGAGCUAUGUAAGGGAAGUGAUUUGCUACGAAAGAGCACGAGUGAUUACAUUUGUGUUUCGGAAUACUUUAUCAACAACAAGAUAAAAGUUGAAGCAAGAGGAAAGGGAAGACAAUUCAGAACCGAUACACACAUUGGUGUAUCGGUGUGCAAUGCCUGCCAGACUGAACUUGGUAUAGUAAAGGAAUACACGUAUGGGAAUCGUCUUCGGGGAUAUCUACUUACCGCCAAUCGAGUGAUGUUCUCUAUAGAUGGAGAGGAAGGUCUGAGGCACAUUAAGAAAUGGUCCAAAGUUCCUUGGAAGAUUAGCGAGGAAGCGUAAAUGGACAUGUAUUUACUCAUCCCAGCGAGUUGCCAUCUUGCAAGACAAUUAAAAUAAUAUAAGCUGUAUUUCUAAACCCAAAUACCACAAAAUUAAUAGAUUUUGCCAUCUUGUAUUGCUGGGUAUAUAAUGUUUUGCAGUUUGAUUUGUUCAAUAAUACGCUACAACAAUGCAAAAUGGCAAAUACAAACAAGAGUUG